ACUGAUCACACCCAAGCCUGAUUACCUCCAGACCUGUCCAAUCAAGAAAUCACUUGAACAGAAUCUGUCCCAACAAAAUCAAGUCGGACAAAAGAUCUAAAAAAACAAAGCUGCAACAAAUUGACGCGAUUCAAAGAAAUUCCAGAACAGUCGGGAAAUAAAGUCAUUGACCUCUAUCUAUCUGGAAAGGGUUACAAAGGCCAUUUCUAAAGCUUUAAGGAGCCAUUAUCCUCACAUGGAGAAAACAUGGAACAGUGGUGAACCUUCCCAGGAGUGGCCGGCCUACAAAGAUUACCCCAAGGGAACAACAAUGACUCAUCCAUGGAAGGUGUGUGUCUCGUUACAUCUGGUGUAAACGUAGCACAGCAUUUCAGAAAAAGAACAUCACAUCGACAGUCAGAUGUGGUGGCGGUGGUGGUAGUGUGAUGCUCUUGGGCUGCUUCGAAUGUUGGGGAAUGGAGAAUGUUCAGCCAUCAGUUUGUGACCUCAAGCUAAAGCGCACUUGGAUUUCUGUAGCAGGAUAACAAUCCAAGACACACCAGCAAGUCAACUUCUGAAUGGCUUGGAAAAAAAAAACAAAAACACACAAAAUGAAGGUUUUUGGAGUGGUAGGUAAUUUUAAAUUUUUUUUCCCCCUUAAUAAAUAAAAUCACCAUUUAAAAACAGCAUAUUAAACUCACGGGUUAAAUAUAUUGUCUGAUAUUUACAUUUGUUUGAUGAUCUUAAACAUUACAGUGGCGAAACUGCAAAAAUAUAAGAAUUUGAGAAGGGGGCCCAAUACUUUUUUACGGCACUGUAUGUCUGUCUUGGAUGUCUUUGUUAUUAAAGAUAAUAAGAUAAAAUUUAGUAAUCACAAGUGCCCAGUAUUUCAAAAAAACAUUUCAUCCAACCAGUUCCAAGUUGUAAAAUUUAAAGCAAAUUUAUUUUACGAACUAUUAGGUCACCUUAAACAUCUGGCUAUUAUUUAAAAAUUAUUUUGGUCAAUAAAUGGGUGAAGGGUAAAAAUACACGUGGUAUGAACCCGAGUAGUUGUUUUAUCCAAAAAACGCUAAUCUGGAUUCUCUAAUCCUGAUUUUGUGGUAUCCGGAUCAACGUAUUUUAAACUUUAUUCUGAGCCAGAUGCUUAAAAAAAAAUUACUGGGACAAGAUCAUUGCAAUAAAUGAGCGUACAUAAAACAUUCAAGUAAAUGACGCAAUGGUCUUUUUUUAGAUGUUAUUCACAUAAUAUCCCGUUUCUUGGGAUCCAUUUGCAAAUAACUUCACACGCACAGUAAGUGUGUAACGUUCGAGUCGCGUACGUGUAGCUAUGCCUGAAUAAACAGCUUUAUAACGCUAACAUUUGAUCUAAGAAUGUAAAAUUACAUCAUGUCAUGGUGCAAACAAACAAACAAACAAAAAAAACAACAACGCAGUCACUAGGGUGCUGAAGUAGUGUGGAAGUUCGCCGGUUGGUCCCCAAGGAGGUUACGCCUAGGUAGUUGUCGUAUUUCCCAGUGUACCUGAACGCAGAACCGGCGUUGGUUUCUAGGGCAACGCCUUCCAACGGAGACGAAAGAUGGUUUACAUCACAGAAGAUCUGAUCCGGCGUCGCGCCGAGCACAACGAGUGUGAGAUCUUCUCCCUGGAGGAGGUCUCCCUGCACCAACAGGACAUUGAGAGGAUUGAGCACAUCGAGCGUUGGUGCAGGGACCUGAAGAUCCUCUACUUGCAGAACAACCUCAUACCCCGAAUCGAGAACGUAGGCCGCCUCAAGAAGCUGGAGUACUUGAACCUGGCCUUGAACAACAUACUAGUCAUUGAAAACCUGGAAGGCUGCGAGAAUCUCCAAAAGUUGGACCUGACUGUCAACUUCGUGGGGCGUUUGAGCAGCGUGGAGACCCUGAAACAAAACAUCCACUUGUCUCAACUCUUCCUGGUGGGGAACCCCUGCACGCUCUUUGAAGGAUACCGGAAAUACGUCGUAGCGACACUACCGCAACUCAAGUGUCUCGACGGCACGGAGAUAACGCGGUCGGAGGUCAUCGCAGCCAAUCAGGGCCUGGAGGAGCUGAAGAGGCGUGUUAUGGAGCAGGAGGACCAAUACCUGAGGAAGAACGCCCAGCAGAAGGAAGAGGAGGAGUCCAACAGGAAGCAGGCUGCAGAUCGGGCAGGAAGUCGGGACGGUGCUUCUGACUCAGAGGAGAAGCAGGAGGAGGCGACAGAGUCGGAUGAAGAGCGACGGGAGAAGGAAUUUUGGCACACACCGUGUCCCUUUACCCCGGAAUCGCGCCUGGAGGCUCACCGGCACCUGGAGGCCAAAAGAAUGGCCAAGGAGAAAGGUAACCAAAGGAAAGUGAAGCCCCCGAGAACCCUGAUAACUGCUGAUGGACGAGUCCUGAAUGUCAAUGAGCCCAAGUAUGACGAUAUACUGGACUUCUCUCUGACGGAAGAUGACAACAACAAAAGGAUUGUCUUAGACUUGGCAGUGUACAGGCACAUGGACACCUCCUUGAUGGACGUGGACGUGCAGCCAACAUACGUCAAAGUCUCCGUCAAAGGAAAAAUAUUUCAGCUGGUUCUGCCGGCUGAGGUCAAGCCCGACAGCUCGACAGCUCAGAGGUCUCAGACCACGGGACACUUGUUGCUCCACAUGCCCAGGGCUCAAGGUGAAAUCAAGGCGACAAAAGCUGCACGUCCAUCCAAAGAUGGCCGCCACCUCCACUGCAGCUUGUCUGACAAGAGGAAGCAUGCCGUUCCAGAGAGGCUGGAAGUGGACGCCAGCGGAACCGUGGACAUCGCUAACAUUGUGACACGCCACCACACCAUCGAAGGGCCGCUGGAAGCUUCUCUCUGGAAUCCGACCACCGCCACGCCUCUCAAGCACGUACCCUCGGAAGGAUUUGUGGAUGACCCCGACGUCCCGCCUCUCAUUUAACCGCAUCCCGUCACAGAAUAGAGAAGGGGCUCAUCCACUUACAGUCGUGACUUCAGUGUGGAUGUUGAGGAACAUCAUGUGGAAAGAAGAUCAAGAAGUUGAUAUCAGGAUGGGACGAAGACAAUAUGGAGCUGAGAAGACAAUGCACCACUGACUACACAAGCAUGAAUGACUUUCUCAAGAAGAUGAUCAAUGACUUGGACACAAAGGACAUCUCAAUGACUAUUAAUCUGCAAUAAUAUAGAGGCGAUAACAUGGAGUCACACAGGGGAAAAAAAUCUCAAUGACUGGUCUGCUUGGGAUGGUGGUGUUUACUGAGGGCACUAAAGUCUUUUACUUCUUCAGUCUUUUACUUCUUCCGACUUGUCAAUCCAAGCUUGACUGGCCGUUCAGCUUGUAUUCGUUGAGGACGUCACCUUGAUGUUUGUCAAGAAGAAUUAUUGAAUAAAAAGGACGAAAGGUGAGAUGAA